GGGGGCGGCGCGCACCGCACAGUCGCGGGAGGCGCUGAGGCGCAGCCUGCCCGGCCCUCGGGGCGGAGAACCGGGUGGGGGCAUAGCGGCGCGGCUGGGCGGCGGGGGCUGUGAUGCUGGCGGCACUGCCGGACGGCGAUGAGCGGGAGCUGGAGAGCAGCGAGGAGGGCGGCGGCGGUGCGGGAGACGAGCGGCGGCCGGAGCGGCACGGCAGCACCUACCACAGCCUGUACGGCUACUGGAGCCGCAGGUCAUCGCGGCGGGGAGCGGAUGGCGGCGAUGGCGGCGCGGCGCCUGGGAGCCCCCCCGGCCGGGACUUCAGCCUCUCUUUGCUGGACACAAACUUACCAGCUGAAGCAGAAACCGAACUGCGUGGUUUUAUUGCUAAACGCCUGGCCAAAGGAGCUGUUUUCGAAGGGAUGGGGAAUGUAGCAACUGUGGAUUUGAGUAUACCAGAAUGUAAAGUUGGUUGUUAUUACUGUCUUUUCCAACAAGAAAGUCUUCUAGAAACAGCAACACUGGAAUCGGAAAUCAGUGCUCCAGAAUAUGUAGUUUGUUUCCUAGGUGGCUCAGAGAAAGGUCUGGAACUUUUCAGACUUGAAUUAGACAAAUACGUUCAAAGUCUGAAGCUAAGCCUUGACUUGGAGCAGAAAACGUUGGAGACUUGUGUUAACCCCUACUUAAGAAGCUGGUUUGAGAAUUCCAUAUGCCCAAUUCAGAGAGUAGUACAGCUCUUCCAGGAGAAACUGGCCUUCUUGUUACACGCUGCACUGAGUUAUACUCCUGUGGAAGUAAAAAAUGCAGAUGAAAGAACAGAAAAAGACAUUAGCAGGUUUCUGGCAGCUGCUAGCCUCCAAGGCCUUGUUCAGGAAGGCACAAUGACCUCCUUGUGCAUUGCCAUGACUGAGGAACAGCACAAGUCAAUGGUUGUAGACUGUACUGGAGCCCAGCUUCAGCUGCACAAUGCAGGAAGCAACAGAUUCUGUGAGGACUGGAUGCAUGCUUUUGUAAAUGGUGCUGAAGGUGGAAAUCCAUUUCUGUUCCGGCAAGUUUUGGAAAACUUUAAAUUGAAGGCAAUACAGGACAUUAACAACCUGAAGAGGUUUAUUCGACAGGCUGAAAUGAACCACUACGCCUUGUUCAAGUGUUACAUGUUCUUAAAGAACUGCGGCAGUGGAGACAUCCUUUUGAAGAUAGUUAAAGUAGAACAUGCAGAAAUGCCAGAAGCCAGAAAUGUAGUGACUGUCCUUGAGGAAUUCAUGAAAGAAACAGCAGUGGCUUAAAAUUAUCCUAAUUAUCCUACAGUUGUUGGAGAGUAUUGUAUAAAUCAUUAAUUUCUUCUGUGCAGCUUAGUUUCACUACUGCAGAAAGUUUUCUUUUAAAAGCAUUACCUGAGUCAAACCUAAGUGGCAAUUUCAGCUCCUUCUCUCCCUUUAGAGAGAAAGCAGCAUGAGCUUUUUUUAAUGUGUAA